AUGUCAUUAUCAGACGACGAAAGAAAUGGUGUCUUUGACAUUGACGAAGAACUCGUGCCGGUGCGGGAACUCAAGCAAGCUGGCGUCAUGGAAGUGGACUUUGAUGGCUUGCUAAAGACACCCCUGAGGUUGGAAGAAGAUCUCAAGAAGGGAUGUGGUGGUAUGCUGUGGCCUGCUGGGAUGGUCAUGGCAAAGUAUCUGAUGAGGCAGGAGAAGGAUGUGUUCAAGAACAAGACAAUAGUUGAACUGGGUGCUGGAGGCGGCUUGGUCGGUCUUGCUGCUGCUCUGGGUUUCCAACUCGACCACCCGCUACACCUCACUGACCAAAUACCCAUGCUCGCCUUGAUGCAACGCAACAUUGCACUCAACAACCUCCAAGAUCAAGUCAAAGCAUCAAUAUACGACUGGGGUGAGCCCGCACCAGAAGGUAUACCCCAACAUCCAGACAUCAUUCUAGCUGCCGAGUGUGUCUACUUUGAACCCGCGUUUCCUCUCUUGCAACAGACCAUGAAGGAUCUCAUCGGACCGAACACGAUCUGCUAUUUCUGCUUCAAGAAGCGCAGACGAGCAGAUAUGAACUUUGUCAAGGUCAUGAAGAAGAUGUUUUCGGUCGAGCCUGUCGAAGACGAUCCUGACAAACCGACGUGGUCGAGAGAGAAUCUACAUUUCUUCAAGGUCACUCUGAAGCAGAAGAAGGUGUGA